AUGCGGGCUCGGCGGGGCCGGCCCGGGACACCGCCCCGACACACGCCGGGGAGCACCGGCACCACUGCCACCGGGCACCGGCACCGCCCCGACACACACCGGGCAGCACCGACACCGGCCCGACACACGCCGGGGAGCACCGGCACCACUGCCACCGGGCAGCACCGGCACCGGCCCGACACACACCGGGGAGCACCGGCACCACUGCCACCGGGCACCGGCACCAGCUCGACACACACCGGAGAGCACCGGCUGCACUGCCACCGGGCAGCACCGGCACCGGCCCGACAGAGACCGGGGAGUGCCGGCACCACUGCCACCGGGCACCGGCACCGGCCCGACACACACCGGGGAGUGCCGGCACCACUGCCACCGGGCAGCACCGACACCGCCCCGACACACGCCGGAGAGCACCGGCACCACUGCCACCGGGCAGCACCGACACCGGCCCGACACACACCGGGCAGCACCAGCACCACUGCCACCGGGCACCGGCACCGCCCCGACACACGCCGGAGAGCACCGGCACCACUGCCACCGGGCAGCACCGACACCGGCCCGACACACACCGGGGAGCACCGGCACCGCCCCGACACACGCCGGGGAGCACCGGCACCGCUCCCAGCGCCCCUGCCGGGAGAGGCACCGGCAGCAGCCCCGGAGCUCCUCCCUCCCGCCCCAGGCAGGACGGCCUCGCACGAGUGGGUCAGAGCAGCUUUAUUUGACACUCCAGAUACUCGAUACAAACAAGCGCCGAGACAGAGGCCGGGACAGAGACACUGA